GUCGUUUGUCUCGGCAUCAGACAGACACAAUGCUCUGGUUGGAUCAAUGCUGGAUCCUGCCCGUGCCUCCGGUCACCGUGACCCCUCUCAUCAUGGGGUGAUCCAUCUAUAAAUACGCCUUAUGAACUGCGCGGGGAGCUUUUACUCUCCAAACUCUUCCCCCUCCCCUCUUUAUACUUCCUUGUACUGUACACCACCAAACCAAACCAAACCACCAUGGGUUCAGCAGGCGCCUCCACCCUUCCCAAAGACUUUCUCUGGGGCUUCGCCACCGCCAGCUACCAAAUCGAGGGCGCCGUCGCCGAGGACGGCCGCGGCCCGUCGAUCUGGGACACCUUCUGCAAGAUCCCCGGCAAAAUCGCCGACGGGUCGAACGGCGGCGUGGCGUGCGACUCGUACCACCGGGUGGACGAGGAUAUUGCCCUGCUGAAGCAAUGCGGGGCCAAGGCGUACCGAUUUUCGAUUUCAUGGUCCCGAAUCAUCCCCCUCGGCGGCCGCAACGACCCCAUCAACCAAAAGGGCAUCGACCACUACAGCGCCUUCAUCGACGCGCUCCACGCCGCCGGCAUCGUCCCGCUGGUGACCCUGUACCACUGGGACCUGCCGGACGAGCUGGACAAGCGGUACGGCGGGCUGCUGAACAAAGAGGAGUUCGUGGCGGACUUCACGCGCUACGCGCGGGUGCUGUUCGAGGCGUUCGGCGCCCGUGUCAAGCACUGGAUCACCUUCAACGAGCCGUGGUGCAGCGCGGUGCUCGGGUACAACGUCGGGCAGUUCGCGCCGGGCCGCACGAGCGACCGCGCCAAGAGCAGCGUCGGGGAUGGGGCGCGCGAGCCCUGGAUCGUCGGGCAUAAUCUGCUCGUGGCGCAUGGGGCGGCCGUGAAGGUGUAUCGGGAGGAGUUUAAGGGCAGGGAUGGCGGGGAGAUUGGGAUUACGCUGAAUGGUGACUGGGCCGAACCCUGGGACCCGGCCAACCCGGCGGACGUGGAGGCGUGCACCCGCAAGAUCGAAUUCGCCAUCUCCUGGUUCGCCGACCCCAUCUACCACGGCAAGUACCCGGACAGCAUGGUGCAGCAGCUGGGCGACCGGCUGCCCGCGUGGACCGCCGAGGACCGCGCCCUCGUGCACGGCAGCAACGACUUCUACGGCAUGAACCACUACUGCGCCAACUACAUCAAGGCCAAGACCGGCGAGCCCGAUCCCACCGACACCGCCGGCAACCUGGAGAUCCUGCUGCAGAACAAGGCGGGCGAGUGGAUCGGCCCCGAGACCCAGUCGGCGUGGCUGCGGCCGUGCGCCCUUGGGUUCCGGAAACUGCUCAAGUGGCUGAGCGACCGCUACGGGCAGCCGAAGAUCUAUGUCACGGAGAAUGGCACGAGUCUCAAGGGGGAGAACGAUCUGCCCGUGGACCAGCUGCUGCGGGAUGAGUUCCGCGUGCAGUAUUUCCGGGACUAUAUCGCCGCCAUGGCGGAUGCGUAUACGCUGGAUGGGGUGGAUGUGCGCGCGUACAUGGCGUGGAGUUUGAUGGAUAACUUCGAGUGGGCCGAGGGGUACGAGACUCGAUUCGGCGUAACUUAUGUGGAUUAUGAGAAUGGGCAGAAGCGCCUCCCGAAGGAGAGUGCCAAACAGAUUGGGAAGAUCUUCGAGCAGUAUAUCGAGGAGUAGCUGCUCAUCUCAAUAGCAGGAUAAGAUAUAUGUACCAGUGAUUGGCAUAUGCAAUAUCGCUUUCUGAUAGCUAAGAAGUGCCCUCAUGCAUUUCAAUCACAGAAUCAUGAUAAAAAUGCAUCGACUAUGAACCUGCUUGAGAUCAGAAACCCGCAUAGAGG